GCUGAAAUUCAAAUUUGAACAUAAGCUACUUUGUGCAGAGACAGAGAAGUUGGGGCGCAGCUCUUGUUUCGUUCUGGUACUGUUUAUACAGCAGAGUAGGAACAUUUUAAAACAUCAGUUUACUUAGAAACGGGAUCGCUCGAAAAUGGAUCCGUUUACAGAGAAACUGUUGGAGCGUACCCGGGCUCGCAGAGAGAACCUGCAGAAGAAACUUGCAGAGAGAACCAAUGCAUCAAACAGACAGAUGGAGAAAAGGCCCCGAGAGCCACUGGUCCACACCAACACUGUGAUCAUUCCACAGACAUCCACCAAGCCAUCUCCCUCAAAGCGCAGGUGCUCUGGGGAAAAUGUCCAGCCUGCAGCUGGUGAGGAGAACCAGGAGCCAGUGAUGCCACGAGUUCCUCUUCUCUCAGAUCCUUCCACAGAUAAUAAAGCCCCGGUGGGUCUAGCCAGCGUCCGGCCUUCCUCCUCCCUGGAGAAGACUUCAGCAAAGCCUGUUCUCCAGUUUCAAUCAGUACAGCUGAAAACUGCAGAACCAGAGCCUGACAAGAUGUCUGUCAGCACUGCUCUUGAUCCUCCAAGCAGCAAAAAAGCCCUGAUUGAAGGAUCCAAUCCAGCACCUCAGAGUAGCAAAGAGGAGCGUGUGGAGGAUCCAGCUCCAGCUGGUGGCAUGAAAUCGCGCUUACAGAAGCUGGCAGAGGAGAGAAAGGGCUGGGACACUUACAGCACUUGUGAUACACCUUCAGACUGUAUUCCUGUGUCCAUGUUGAAGAGACCAGCUGCCACCCACUCUGUCCCCUCAGAGACUGGCCUUGGGAGGAGAGGCAGACUGGCCAACCUAGCUGCAACCAUUGGAUCCUGGGAAGAUGAUCUGAGCCAUGCUAAAAUCCCCAAAGAGAAACCAAAGGAGAAGCCUGCUACUUCCUCUGUUCCCAGAUUUACAGUCAGAGGUGUUGCUUCCAGUACUAAACCCAAUGCUUCAGUGACCACUUCAACUGUAAGCAGCAAAUCCACAGGCAGCUCCAAACAACAGGUUGUGUAUUCUCCGGUGAAAUCUAGUCAAGUGCUUCUCUCAAGCUUUCAAAAGGCUGACACCCCUGCAUCCAAAUACAUACGAGAUUCAGUAUCCAGUCCUCAGAAGUGCUCCGACCAGGACGGUACCAUCUCCUCUAUUCCUGAGAAGACCUCAAUCCAGGAAACAGCCCUCCCAUCCACUCACCAGAAGGCCAGGUUCUCCCCCAUGUCAGUGCCUCAAAACCCCCUCAAGAAUCAGGCCCACUUCAGAGGCCUAAAUGUCAGCUGCAGACCCCAGAAGCCUGAGCUUUGUGCCAAGCUCAGCUCAUCUGCCCUUUUGGGCCCCAAGGAAAAGGCUACUGCUGGAGCACCUGGAGUAAAAUCUUUCCUGAAGUGCUUUGAAGAGAGGUGCCAGGAGCACAGCCAGAGCUCAGAUGCUACAGUCAGUGUACAGACAAAGACUCCAAACACCAGACCGGCACAGGAGAGAAGUGCCCAGGCUGCAAAUACAACCACCGCUGAUAUCACUUUGAGACAGAAGCCGGUGAACGAGUGUGAGGUGGCUCAAAUUCACAGUCACUUCCAGCAGGGGAGCAAAAUGAGGAAAGACAAAAAUGAAGAAGCAGACAAGAAACACCCAGACAAUAAGGAAGAGCUUGUUAAGCCUGUCAAGAGUGAAGUUUGCUCAUUUGAAGCUGCUGCACCAUGUGAUGAGAAAUUGGAUACACCCGAUGAGUGCACUCCACCAGUGUUGGCUUCCAGUCCCCUGAAGAUGGUUGCUCACAUUACAGAAAAGCUGACUGAAGAGACCCCAGAAGAAGAGGGGGGGAAACGAGAAGAAGAAAAAGUCGAGGUGAAUGUGGACCAGUCCAUCAAAUCUACAGUCAUCGAUGAGCUGUUUGGGGAUCUAGAGCAGAGUGAAGAUCAUGAUGAGGAAGAUGCUUUAAAUAUCUCUUCGAUGUCUCUUCUCACUCCACUGGCAGAAGUGGUAAACAGUCCUGAAGAGAGAAUGAUGACAUCCACACCAGCCAACUCUUUCAUUGUGAAAAGCACCACUCCUGACAGCGUCUCCAAACCCAUCAGGUUCCAGAGAGCCAACCUGGUACUGAGCGACUCCUUAGAUAGUAAUAGUGUGAAUACCUCAGGUGAAGACCACAAGCUUCCCUACAGCAUCGAUGCAUACAGGUCAACGAGGGUGAAGAACACUGAGAGGCCCAGUGUGAAGCAGGUUAUUGUGAGAAAAGAAGACAUUUCUCAAAGAGCAGAGCAGCCCCGAGGAUCCAGCCUGUUCAGUGCCAAACAGAAGAUGAAGAUUCUAAUAAAUGAGAUAAAGCUGCAGGAGACCGUUAUCCAUCAAGCCAGCCAGGCACUCAACUGCUGCACAGAUGAAGAGCACGGGAAAGGCUCGCAGGUGGAGGCUGAGGCAGAGAGGCUGCUGCUGGUGGCAACGGAGAAGAGAAAGGCAUUGAAGGUGGAGCUGGACCAUCUGAGAGGAGAGCCAGCUGGACAGAAAGAGGGCUCUACAGCCCUACAACCCGCUGCCAUGACGGCCUCCAAGGGCUCCAUUACCCUGCAGGAGCUACGUCUGCCUCUCAAGGCAGACUUUGUCUGUUCCACUGCCAAUAAACCAGAGUCAACCAAACAUUCAUUUUUCAUCAUGAUUCAUGCUGGAGCAGAGAACACUGUGGCCACUCCUUUAGCCAGCACACACUGUGGCCUCAGCGGAGACACACUCGCCUUCCCUACCAAGUUUACUAUAUCUGAUGUUGCCAGUGACUUUGACAUCAGGCUGGAAGUGUACUGUUUGGUGCAGAAACGAGAAAUCUGCAGUGACAAGAAGAAGAAACCGAGCAAGUCAAAAGCUAUCACUCCAAAAAGAUUCCUCGCUGUCACUAAGAGUACACAGACACCAGUUGUGGCCAGUCCAGGAGGCCCCGGUGCCGUUCGCACCAGUAACUUUGUUCUGGUUGGCUCAUACAAACUCACUCUGUCUUCAGUUGGGAAGAACAAAUUUUCCUUGAACAAGGUGCCAUUCUUGUGCCCUUUGGAGGGCCAUGUCUACCUUAAGAUGCAGUGUGAAGUGGGGUCAAAGGUGGAAGAGAGGGGCUUUCUGACGAUGUUUGAAGAUGUUAGUGGAUUUGGAGCUUGGCACAGACGAUGGUGUGUACUAUCAGGAUACUGCAUCUCCUACUGGACUUACCCAGAUGAUGAAAAGAGAAAGAAUCCCAUUGGUCGUAUCAACCUGCCCAACUGUACCAGUAAGACAGUGGAACCAGCUAGCAGAGAGUUCUGUGCCCGACCCAACACAUUUGAGCUCAUCACAGUCAGACCACGGAGAGAGGAUGAUAGAGAAACUCUGGUCAGCCAGUGCCAAAACACCAUGUGUGUCACUAGAAACUGGCUGAGUGCCGACACCAAGGAUGAGAGAAAUCUGUGGAUGAAGAAGCUGAACCAAAUUCUGUUGGACCUGCAUAUGUGGCAGCCAGAAGCUUCUUAUACACCACUGUCUAACUAAUCCCUUUCUCUGGACUGCUGGUGACACAUGCCUCACUAACUGUAAUACAGCAUGACACUUGUUGGAUAUUUUCACAUGUAGAUAUUUGGCUAGAAUUGAAUGACUGAAUCUGAGGACAGAUGAGAGGAGGUGUAGGUGUUGGGUUUUAGCACUAUAUUGUGAUACAUUUUCAGCCUGGUUUGAUAUGCUUUGGCUAGUGUUAUGGUGUCACCUUUUUAUGUUAAUGCUAAUAUUUAAUAUUAACAUGAUGUAUGGCUUUAAAACAUUUGGUAUCAGCACUAAAAUCUGAUUAUAUAUGGUGUUGAAAUUACUUAUAUUACACAUGACAUUGGUGAUUAUCCUACAUGACAACAGAACAUUACUCGUGCUUUAUACACUUUAUCUUGUGGCAAGACUUUUAAAAGGUAGGGGGUGUUGUUUUGGUAUUGUUUUUGACACCCCCGUGCAUGUGCAAAGGUUAUUAGAAUUGUAUUUAAAUGUUUCUGUAACUUUCUGAAAUGUAACAACAAAGCAUAGGGCUCUUAGUUGCACCCCACUGUGCUACAUAGAGUAUGUAACAGCUUUUCCAGUGUCCGACAGAUAAAUGUAUUUGGAUAAAAUAGAAAAUUUUUCAUAUUGUUGAUAAUGAAUACAAUCUGAAGAGAACAGUGUACAUGCAUUGUUAUCCCUAUGAAUAAGCAGGGACUGUUUUAUCCUUUUAUAUACUGAGAUGUGUCAGGAAUUUGUGAAUCAAAUCAAUAAAU